AUGUAGCAUGGGGGGUUGUUUACACGCGGAGAAUAACAAGGGGCUCCAGAAUGAUGGCUGCCCAAACAGACCGCGGGAUCCCACUGAGCACACUCUCUCCAAAGUAUCUUCACACCAACUCCACCAGCCACACCUGGCCAUUCAGCGCCAUCGCGGAACUUAUUGAUAAUGCGUAUGACCCUGAUGUGAACGCCCAGCACUUUUGGAUUGAUAAAACUGUGGUAAAUAAGCAAGAGUGUCUAAGCUUUAUGGACGAUGGCAAUGGGUUGGACUACCAGACCAUGCACAGAAUGCUUAGCUUUGGUUACAGCGACAAAGUGGCUCUUAAAGGUGUUCAGCCAAUUGGUAUCUAUGGAAACGGGUUCAAGUCUGGCUCCAUGCGGCUUGGAAAAGAUGCAAUCGUGUUCUCCAAAUCCAGCUCUGCGGUGUGCAUCGGGAUGCUCUCACAGACCUACCUUCAAGAGAUUAAAGCAGAACAAAUCCGUGUGCCUAUCAUGUGCUGUGAGCUGAAAGGAAAAACAAUCAAUGUAAAAAAUGAGCAUAAAGCUAGUCUUCAGGACAUUCUACGCUAUUCUCCAUUUAAAUCAGAAACGAGCCUGCUCCAUGAACUCAAUGCUAUUGGGCCUUCCUGGUCUGGAACAAAAACAGGGACGCGUAUCAUAAUCUGGAAUCUCCGCAGAACGUCACAAGGUCAGCUGGAGUUUGAUUUUGAAUUUGACCGUUACGACAUACGAAUGCCAUCUGAUGUCUACCAGGAAAUGAAUGACACUUCUUACAUCCCUGAAAGUUUGUACUCACUUCGGGCCUACUGCAGUAUACUCUAUCUGAAGCCUCGAUUGCAAAUCAUGAUACGUGGUAAAAAGGUGAAAUCUCAGCUCAUUGCAAAAAGUCUGGCUCACAGUAGAAAAGACAAAUAUUCCCCAAAGUUCCUUAACAAGAGUAUUCCUAUUAUUUUUGGGUAUAACACUGUAAGUAAAGAUCAAUAUGGUAUUAUGAUGUAUCAUAAAAAUCGACUGAUAAAAGCGUAUGAACGUGUGGGCUGCCAGCUUAAGGCUGACAGAAAAGGCGUCGGUGUCAUUGGAGUCAUAGAGUGUAACUUUCUGGAUCCCACUCACAACAAACAAAGCUUCGAGGAAAAUGAUAAGUACAGGAAAACUAUGAGCAAUUUGGGGACCAAGCUGGAGGAAUACUGGAAAGAAAUCAGAUACAGGAGAGCCAAAGAAGAUCCGACUGGCCUACCAGUAGAAGAUACAAUUAAAAAGCCAGACCAAAACUGGGUGCAGUGCGAUGGGUGUUCUCAAUGGCGAAAACUUCCUGAUGGGAUUGACUGCUCAAAGCUUCCAGACAAAUGGUACUGCUAUAUGAAUCCAGACCCCCAAUUCAGGAGUUGUCAGGUUGAAGAGGAACCUGAGGACUCUGGUGACGAGCAGCCUUCAUACUGCAAGACCUACAAACAACAGGAAAGGGAAGAGAAAAAGAUGCAAGAAAGGAGAAGACAACAGGCUGAGAGAGAACAAAAGCAGAAAGAACAGCAAAGAGUGGCUGCUCAAGUCAAACGCCAAACAGAGGCCAUUCUGCGGCAGCUACGCCAAGAUACCGCAUCUUCGUCUUCCCCUCCAACCACACCAACCACACCAAGGAGCAAGAUGAAAACACAUGCAGUACAGGGUGGUUCUCCCCUAACCCCUUCAACCAUCUCACAAGCUGCCUGCAGUCCCUCCACUAGCAAUGGUCCAAUUAUUUCAAAUGUAUGCUCUUUGGCUUCAAUGUUAAGGAAAAGGCAGCAGCCCAGCACUCCAGACACCACGCCUAAAAAGCCAAGAGUCGGCGAAGUGAAAAAUAAUGUUUCAGAUCAGGUUUCGUCUUUGGAUGCGAGUUCAGUCAGAUCCCCAUCAAUCCCCAUUGACGACAGUAGUGACGAUGAAACAGAUGAUGAUCUUGUCAUAUUGGAAGUGCACAGUACACCUAAACCUAAAAACACAAAUCCUGCUUCAAUCACAGUAAAGACUGAGCCCACAGAGAGUGAGAGUGGUGUGAACCUGCUGCUGGAGUGCACUGAUGAUGCAGCUGUCCCCUCUGCAGCUUCUGUGAGUGUGGCUAACAUCACCACACAAACAGAAGCUCCAAAAAUUAAAAAGGAAGAGACUGAUCAAUGGAGUACAAGGCAAACAAACAAUAAUAAUGACACCCCAGUGGCUUGUAAUUCCAUGGACACUGAAGACUGUGAGAAAGAUAUGAAGGAGGAGCCCCUCAGUCAGCCUGUGCAGAAUGGAAUUACACCUGGUCCAGAAAGUAAUGAUAAUCAAAGCCCUGCUGAUGAUGUGGAUGACAGGGCAUCCCCAUCUUUGCUGAGGUCUGACUUUUCUGCAAGGAAACAACUAGAACUGGACCAGGUGUCAGAGCUCAGACGGGAGAGAGACUCUUUAAAGGAGCAGGUACAGCAGCUACAGUCCCAGCUGGAGGAGUUGGAGACUAAAGUAGAUGUGUCUCACGUCAAUGUAAAAAAGGAACGAGAUGAGCAAGAUGCUAAGGAAGGACAGAACUCACUGGACUACAAAACACUGUUUGAGAAUGCCAAGAGCAAAAUCAAUGACCUCAUAAAAGACAAGGAAGCUUUACUGGCAGCUGUGAGGGUCAAACCCAGUCCUGAAAGUGAAGAAAAGGCCAUGGAUGAGAUCGCUUUGCAGGUGGAUAAUCUCAUGAGGCAACUGGAUGAAAGAGACAAGGAGAAAGGGCAACUCCUAACACAGUUGGAGUCAACAAAGAAGGAGAUGGCCGGUCUGGCAUCUGAAUGUGAGUCUCUCAGAUUGACUCUUCAGCAAAUUAAAGAAAAUGCUUCUGCACGCAUUAAUUCAUCAGUGCAAACAGAUGCUCAAGAAACACCAGCUGAUCCUGGGCCUUCAUCCAACACUGAUGCCUUUCGGAGUUUGGUUUCACUGCGGCGCAAUGUUAAACAUCUUCUCGUCACAUAUGUUAGUUUCAAUCUGGAUGAAGUGAAUUAUGAGGACGAUGUAAUAGAUGGAAUUUUAGAACAAGUUCUACAUCUCAAUAAUGUUGGAUCAGGAAAUGCUGCAUCAAGUGAUCAAGGACCAUCAAGUGAUUAGGAGUUUUGUUGAAUAAUACUCUAAAUGUUGAAAAUAAAUCAGCUAUACAUAACUUAUAAUGCAUUUUAAGGAGAAAAUAACAGAAAAGCAAUAAUGUCCAUAAUAUUUGUGUUUUUAAAACUUUUUAAAAGAAGGACAUUUUAUACUGUUUCUAUGCUAUUCUGUUAAAUAGGUCUACUGUUGCCUGUGUGGCUUUUUUUUUCUUAUUGUGUCUGUAUUUAUUUUUUUAAGCAUUAAAAAACAUUGUUAAAAAAUAAACCGAUGUCUCUAACAGAA